UUUUACAACUUACCUAUCUAUGACUACCGAUCAGAAUUUAGAGGUUAUAAAACAAAAUAAUAAUAAAAUAAAUUUCAACAAUCCAAUCUGCAAAAAUUAUUUGUGAUGAAGUAUAUAUCUGUCAGUCUAAUACUUUCUAUUGUUUUUGCCGUUUAUAUUAUAAACACAAUAUGGACACUAGCUGAAAUUUUUAUACCUCCUAAAUGCAGUCGUGGCGAAAUAUGUUAUACUUCACAUUUGGCUUCAAAUCCAGUUCAGCAUUUAGUUCUCUAUACUUCUGUGAAACAACGUCCGUCUUUAGGUGGUUCAUCUGCAGAUGCUAUCACCAAAGUGCAUACUUCUACCAAAUUUGAUUACCGUAGUUCCGCAACUUUUAACAUUAUAUUGAAAGUACCUCGUAAAACCCGUAAUAAUGGGACAUUAUUCAUGCAUGCAGUACUGUUAGAUGAUAGUCGACUUUAUAGAGAUUUCGAUGAAAUUCGUCGUACAGAAUCUGUCCACACAUUGCCCCUGAUCACUUAUAUUGAACCUCAGGCAGCUACAUUUAACCUACUUGAAAGCAAUAGCAAUGUGAAAAAGCUAAAAGAUGAGAGUUUUCAUCCAUUUGCACAUAUAGCAACGUCAGUGCCACUCUCUAUUUUAACAGAUAAUUUGUAUCUUCCUGACAAUAAGUUACCUGGUGAAUUACUUCCAUACAUGAGAGUUAGAAAUGGGAAAUUUCUACCUAUAAUCCAACACAAUGUCCUUAAAUCUCGGAUGUCAACAUUACAACUGUUAAAUAGUAGUACAUCAGAAGUGAAUAUAACUGUAAAUGUUGCACCCACUUCAUAUGGAUCGUUUGGGUUGGCCCUACAUGUGAGACUUGCUUUGGAACAGCUACGCACACUUGGCUUCAGUGAAAAAGAUAUAGACGAUGUUAAGGGAAUAUUUGCAGAUACAAAUUUGUACCUGCUGUCAGCAACAGUCUUGAUAGCCAGUUGUCAUUUGCUGUUCGACUUCUUAGCAUUCAAGAAUGAUGUUUCAUUCUGGCGCCGCAAAAGGUCGCUUGCGGGUUUAUCCGCGCGUACAGUGGUCUGGCGCGCAUUCUCACAGUUUAUCAUUUUCUUUUAUCUAAUAGAUGAGCAGACGUCACUUCUAGUACUUGUACCAGCUGGUAUAAGUGCUGUUAUUGAGCUAUGGAAAGUGACGAGGAUUUUCCACGUGCGCGUCUCGUUUGCGGGGUGGCGCGUACGUGUGUGGCGCGAGCGUGCGGACGCGGCCGAGCGCAGCACGGCGCAAGCGGACGCGGAAGCCAUGCGCUACCUCGCAAUGCUGCUGUAUCCACUCUGCAUCCUUGGUGCACUCUAUUCGCUGGUUUAUGAGCCACAUAAGAGUUGGUACUCCUGGGCUCUUCAUAGCAUCGUGAAUGGCGUGUACGCAUUCGGGUUCUUAUUCAUGCUGCCUCAAUUGUUCGUGAAUUACCGCUUGCGAUCGGUGGCGGCGCUGCCGUGGCGGGCGUUCAUGUAUAAAGCGUUCAACACGUUCAUCGAUGAUGUAUUCGCUUUUAUUAUAACCAUGCCGACUGCGCAUCGCGUCGCCUGCUUCAGAGACGACUUGGUCUUUCUCGUUUAUUUGUACCAAAGAUGGUUAUAUCCCGUCGAUAAGUCGCGUACAGACACCGCCUCUAGUAUGGAUGCAAGUCCAGAAGAAUUGGAACCAUUGAAAGAGAAAGCGGAAUAAAUCGAUGUGAAGUAAUUAAGUAUUUUGGUUAAACAUUGUUUAACGAAAUUCUAUUGUUUUAAAUUUCGAUAUAUGAAUAUACACAGGUAUUCAGAAUGUUAAACAUUGCUUAAUUGAUUGUUAAUCACAAUACAGGGUUAGCCGUAAAAGAUAUACCAUUCUGAAACUCAGUAUUCUUUAAACUGAAACAAUUUUUCUAAGAAACAUUUAAAAUUUAUACAAAAAUAAUUUUAUAUAAAUUUUAUACAAAAAUUCAAAAAAUAUUUUCCUAUUUCGAUUAUGUUUUUUAUUCUGGGAAAUUGUUUAAUUUUAUAAUAUCUACCAUCACUAGGUUUCAGAUUGGUAUUCUAUUUAUGAUUAAUCUAUUACUACUAUUUAUAAUAUUGUUGAAACGCAUAGAGGCUGCGUGAUAUAUUAAUAAACGAACGCCAAUGCUAUUUUGAUAAACAAAUUAAAUUAUUUGUAAAAGACAUUAAGGACUAUUAUAUAAAAAAAAAUAUGUAGGUGUAUUUGUUUAAGAUUGACAUUGUUUAUUGUUUUUUAUGUAUAUUGAGCGCCUUUAAAGAUAUUUACGAAUAGAUAAUAAAAUUACAUUGUCUAUGGAAUAUUUGUAAAUUAGCUGCGGUAGAGCUGCCAACUGUCAGGUAUCAUUAUGACGAGUUAAAAAAAAAUAUUAUAUUAAAAGUCUUAAUUUAAAAACAAUUAUUAAUUCUAUUAUUGAUGUCAAUUAUACACAAGGAAGCAUGAAAUAUUUUUCAAUGUCAUAGCUUUAAAAUUUUUUAUGUUUUCUAUCUUUAUCUAUAUAAAAAAUUCUCACGGUGCAUCUUUUUUUUUUAUACAACUUAGAAUGUCAAACAAGCUGACAGCCCACCUGAUGGAAAGUGGUUUCACUAUUUCAUGGAUCUUCUGUCAAAGAACUGCAGUUCAUCUUAAAUUUUACUUUCGUUAUAUAUGCCCACUACUAUGAUCGUUUUAAUACGUUUCAAUAGUGCCAAUAAAAUUCAAUUGUGUUUCCUCAACGAUAUAUUAUGGGGCUUUUAAUAAAGUACAUUUUUAUAACAGUUAUUAUACCGCUAUCAGAGCACUUUUAAAAUGUCAAUUGGAAAUAUUGAAGUUGUUUUUGAGAAUUGACAGAUAAUUAUGAUACUUCGAUAAGCAUUGAUAUGAACAUUCUUAUUUUUUAAACAACGUACUGAUAACACAACAUCUUCUAAUCAAUAAUACAAAUAUUUUCAAUAAAUAAAAAAUUAAAAAAAAAAAACUAUCUUGAAAGAGAAAACUUGUCCUGUUUCACUUAUGUUUCGAUUCAACCCUAACCUUGUAUUGUUUGCUCUUGGCCUUGGCCUUAUUGUCUUCUUGCUCAUUAUUUUUACGCAUCCUAUAAACCCGAAUAGAUGGCAGCUCUAAACUGUGAUCUCUUGACUAUUUACGUGAUAUUACUACUGUGUAAGUUAGCGUGUAGUAAUAAGUAGCGUCAUAUUACAAUAAUAUUCUAAAGUCAUGUGCAUUUAAAAAUAUAUUAUUCCCAAUAUACGAUACGAUAACGCUUUUAUAACGGAUUAUUAUUGUCUUAGAGUUUAACGCUGAAAAAUUCCAUUUAUGAGAUUGAAUGAAUACCAAAAAACAUGACAAUUUUUUUGUUUUACACAUAGGUUGUAUUUGUGAAUUGUAAACAAGAAAAUAGUGGAAUUUAAUGCGGUACAAUUUCCUAGGUCUCGGUUAUAGAGCGGCUGAGCGUUACGCAGGACGGUACAUUUUCGGAUCGUAGCUAUUUGUAUAGAGGCGGUAGGUGAUACGUAACUCAUUCUGCUGAUUCGCGCUGUUUGUUAUGAGUCAUCUACGUCGUAUUGAUAAGUAUAUUAAUAAAAUGAUAUAAAAAUAUAAACAACUACAUUAAAUUGCAUUAAAUUAAAAUAAAACAUGGAAACAAAAAAAAAUCGUUACCAUCAUUAAAUUUACUUGGAUUUUAAUUAGAAUUUCAUUACAUUGAUGAAAUCGAAAUUGAAUUAUUUAAUUAUUAAAAUCUUUAUGAAAAUUUAAGGAUCGACGCCCUUCUCGCUUCUAAUUGCUGUGCCCGACAGGGUCUACAAUUACUAACAUCUUUUAUAAUAAUAUUGUAGAAUGCAACCCGUCACAAACUAAAGUUUCAUCCCAAUCAUCUGGACGAGUGGCGGUCUUCCACCGUGCGUUUUUCAAGGCACUUUCUUCCACGCACAACCAUUCUUUGGAAUCAACUUCCAGCAGCAGUAUUUCCGAACCGAUACGACAACAUAACCUUCAAGAAAAGAGUAUAUUCCUUUUUAAAAGGCCGGCAGCACACCUGCAAUGCCGCUGGUGUUGUGGGUGAUCAUGGGCGGCGAUAGUCACUUACCAUCAGGUGAGCCGCAUGCUCGUUUGCCCCGUGUUGUAAAAAAAAUGCAAUAAAUAAAUUCAAUUGAAUUGAAUCGUUACGUGCGCAGUAGUCUUACACAUCGCUGUGAAAUGUCGUCAUCGUCGUCUCUGUAAAUGUUUUCGUACAUCUCCAUACUAGAAUUUUCAGUAUUGCGCCCCAAACUACUCUUCGUAAUAAACCAAUUGUCCAGUGAGACUUUAGAUAUAUAUUAUCAACUAUAUAGACUCAUAUCUCUGGCUUCAAACCGUAAAUUAUUAUUAUCUAAAUUAUUAUAUAUUUUAAAUAUAAUACUUUUAUAGUGACAUACAAAUGUACUUUAAAUGUGGCCUAUUGCAAAACAAUGUUAGUUUUAUUUCUCUUGCAAUAUAAGCCCCAGUAGUUUAAACUCUGCUAUUAAUUUAUUAGUUUUAUUUGUGCAAUUGACUACAAAGAUGAACAGUCUAUUGUUUCAGUGGCCUCAAAUCCAUGAGGUUUUAUGCCUUAUAAUUUAUUCCUAAUUAGAUGUUGUCUAAGCAUGCAAGCAAACAUGUUAUAAUAAUAUGAUGAUAUUUUAAGUCUGUCACAUUGCCUGUAUGAAAUAUUUAAAUGUAAAUUAUUUAAUGUUAUCGAUCGAAUGUAAGUUUUUUUUUAUUGUUAUUUAUUGACUUAUUUUAUGUGUUUGGAUGUUUAGCUAUAAUUGUUCAGUUUAAAGUAUGUUCUUUUAAAUAUGUUUCAUUAUUUUGGAAUUUCUAUUUGUCUUAGGGAUGUCUAUAUGUUAGUUUCUACUAUUCGAUUUGACCUAUGAAAUUCCAUUAGUAAAUUAACUAUAUAAUCUAAAAUUUUCCAUUGUAGGAAAAUGUUGAUAGUAUGAGUACUUUCUGUAUUUAACUAUUUAUUUUCAGCUCAAUUAAAUUUAUUUAUUUUAAGUAACUGACUAUGGAAGGGGGAAAUGUUUGCACAACAUGUAACAAAUAUCUUCCCUAUCCUGUAAUAUGAUUAGGGCUUACGAUUUAUUGUAUUUAUUCGAGGUGUAGUCGUACCAAUGCGAAAUCUAGUGAUAGUAUUCGUGAUUAUAUACAACUUUUCCUAAAAGACAUCAUUGGUCGACUUGUAAUAAGAUUUAUUUUUAUUUUGACGCCUUUAGAAUUCUCAGAUUUAUGGCUGCUACUGCUGAGUUUCGGGUUGUUUUGUCAAUUUUUUCAUUGUCUGCGUCCUGUAUACAAAAAGGUUGUAUGGCCUGACAAAUCAUCAAUGAAGUUCUAACAAUGUGUACGUCCGCGGCCUGCUGACGACGACAGGUCUGCGCGACAUUUCAUUCCCAACUGUACUAUCCCUACCUCAUAAUCUCAUAGGUUACUGCUCGCAUUUGCCGCGCAUUUAUUAGAUACUCCUGCGCACAAAUUUGAUGGGCUUUAGUAAAUUAUUGUGGUGUUUUGUCUAGGUAUUUUGUAAAUUAACAAUGACUGCUACCAUAUUUUGUAGGCAGUGUUGAGGCAAAUGUAGGUUAAAUUAUACAAGAGUUAUAGAAGUAAAAAAAAAAUCUAAAAGUGAAUUCGAUUUAUACGAUAUUAUAGAAAAUGGUCACAGGCUAAUUUAUUCUUUAAAAUUAGAGCUACCAUACAUCCAAUUAAAUGAAAUUACAUUUUUCAUUAUUUAUAACUUUAUAAAUAAUAAAUAUUUACAGAUAGUUCUUUUCAUAAUCUUGGGGAAUCGUCAGUUUGAUUGAAGUGGAAAAUUUAUUUGAACAUUAUAAACUUAAAAGUAUAAAUGAAUUAAUAAAAAUUGAAAUAUCACUGCAGUUUUUAGCGUGAAACAAAAGUAUGGUGUCUCUAAUUUAAAAAGGUCAUUAGUAAAAAAAGUACUGAUGUAGAAUUUUACUUUAUUUUUAAUGAAAUUGUUUAAUCCUUAAUCAUUAAAUCCCUCAAGGAUUUUAAUAUUAUGAUAAAUGAUGAAUUACCCGAAUUGGAUGACGUAAUUAUUUCAUUAUUUUAUAUAUUUUUAUUUCUGAAAUUAAACAUUUUCUGUUUUAUAUUAAAUGUGUUUUGUAUAAAAGAAAUUUAAAAUAUAUGCCCCUGUAACUUUGUAAUAAGGUUGUGUCAAAAGUUGUUUUCAUUAAGUGUGAGAUAGUACUGUAGAUGCCUAUGCUUUUGAUUGGUAGAUUCGACUUAAAUUAAGAAUUUGUAUGAGGCUAAUGAUGAAUAGUUUAUAGUUGGUCUAUAAGAGACUAUUAAUGCAAUAUUUCAAUACUCAAAAUUAUUUUGUCAUAAUUGGAUAAAAAUGGAAAUUAUAAUUUUGUUUAUAUUUU